AGAGCGAUGGGCGGGGGUGACGUGGCAAUGACAGAAGCAUAAACUGUAAUGACUGACGGAAUUACUAGCCAUUCGGAGGCCAAACCGGCCGUGCGCUCUGCAUUCUCCCGUCCUCGGACUUCGGAAAGCCACCAAUGAUUUUGUAGACCUGCCUGAUUGGCUUUCCUUUGAGCCAAUCGAAAGCAGGCCUGGAGGACGCGUCGCGCCUUGAGCUUCUCACUGGGCGGAGUAGCAUGACAGGCCCGAGAGAAAUGCCAAUGUCCGCGGGGUCUUCCGCAAGUGACACUUGGCGGCACCAAUCGCCGCCCUCCUUCCCGGCGGUCGAGCCCUCCUUCCCGCGGCGGGGCUGGCGGGGCGGGGACGCUGCGCGGCGGCGGCUGAAGCGCUAGCCGUGUUGGGCGCUCCGGGCGGCGGCGGCGGAGCUCGUAGGCGGUUCCGGUCGUGUCUCUCCGGGCGGCGGCGGCUCAUGGCGGCGACCGAGCUGAGAGGAGUGGUGGGGCCGGGCCCGGCAGCCAUCGCGGCUCCGGGCGGCGGCGGCGCGGGUCCACCCGCGGUGGGAGGCGGCGGCGGACGCGGGGACGCGGGGCCCGGCUCCGGGGUGGCGGCCGCGACGGCGGCGACGGCCGGCGGCCCGGGCCCCGGGGCCGGAGGAGUGGCGGCAGGCGGCCCGGGCUCUGCACCGCCAGCCGCGGGCUCGGGCGGUUCGGGCGCCGGGGGCUCGGGCUCGGCUAGAGAGGGCUGGCUCUUCAAAUGGACCAAUUACAUCAAAGGCUACCAGCGGCGAUGGUUCGUGCUGAGCAACGGGCUCCUAAGCUACUACAGGUCCAAGGCAGAGAUGAGACACACUUGCCGAGGUACCAUCAACCUCGCCACAGCCAACAUCACUGUGGAGGACUCUUGCAACUUCAUCAUCUCCAAUGGCGGUGCUCAGACCUACCACUUGAAGGCCAGCUCCGAAGUAGAGCGUCAGCGCUGGGUGACAGCCUUAGAACUGGCCAAGGCCAAGGCUGUGAAGAUGCUGGCCGAAUCAGAUGAAUCAGGAGAUGAAGAGUCUGUCUCACAAACUGACAAGACUGAGCUCCAGAAUACUCUCCGAACACUCUCCAGCAAAGUGGAGGACCUGAGCACGUGCAAUGACUUGAUAGCUAAGCAUGGCACUGCCCUGCAGCGUUCCCUCAGUGAGCUGGAGUCCCUGAAGCUGCCUGCUGAGAGCAAUGAGAAAAUCAAGCAGGUCAAUGAACGAGCCACGCUUUUUAGGAUAACAUCCAAUGCCAUGAUCAAUGCCUGCAGAGAUUUCCUCAUGUUGGCCCAGACGCAUAGUAAGAAAUGGCAGAAGUCACUGCAGUAUGAAAGAGACCAGCGAAUCCGACUGGAGGAAACUCUUGAGCAGCUGGCCAAGCAGCACAACCACCUGGAGAGAGCCUUCCGGGGGGCCACGGUGCUGCCGGCACACACUCCGGGCAGCUCCGGGCCUGCUAAAGAUCAGUGUUGUUCUGGCAAAGGGGACAUGAGCGAUGAAGAUGAUGAGAAUGAGUUUUUUGAUGCACCAGAGAUUAUCACCAUGCCUGAAAAUUUGGGCCAUAAACGUACUGGCAGCAAUAUCAGUGGGGCCAGCAGUGACGUCAGCCUUGAUGAACAGUACAAGCAUCAGCUGGAGGAGACCAAGAAGGAAAAGAGAACCAGAAUACCAUAUAAGCCAAACUACAGCCUCAACUUGUGGAGCAUCAUGAAGAACUGCAUUGGAAAAGAGCUCUCUAAGAUCCCAAUGCCGGUAAACUUUAAUGAGCCCUUGUCCAUGCUUCAGCGCCUUACUGAAGAUCUGGAAUACCAUGAGCUGUUAGACAGAGCUGCAAAGUGUGAGAACUCUCUAGAACAGCUCUGCUAUGUUGCAGCCUUCACUGUUUCCUCCUAUUCCACUACUGUCUUCCGAACCAGCAAGCCAUUCAACCCUCUCCUUGGGGAGACAUUUGAACUGGACCGACUGGAGGAGAAUGGGUAUCGAUCCCUCUGUGAGCAGGUGAGUCAUCAUCCCCCUGCUGCUGCACACCAUGCUGAAUCCAAAAAUGGCUGGACAUUGCGUCAGGAAAUUAAAAUCACCAGCAAGUUUCGAGGCAAAUACCUCUCCAUUAUGCCCCUUGGUACUAUCCACUGCAUUUUCCAUGCAACUGGGCACCAUUACACUUGGAAAAAAGUUACCACAACAGUACACAACAUUAUUGUGGGCAAGUUGUGGAUAGAUCAGUCUGGUGAGAUUGACAUUGUAAAUCACAAGACAGGAGACAAGUGCAAUCUUAAGUUUGUUCCUUAUAGCUACUUCUCUCGGGAUGUAGCAAGAAAGGUGACAGGUGAAGUGACAGACCCAUCAGGAAAAGUUCACUUUGCCCUCCUGGGGACAUGGGAUGAGAAAAUGGAUUGUUUCAAAGUACAGGCAGCCUCUGGGGAGAAUGGGGGUGAUGCUCGGCAGAGAGGCCAUGAAGCAGAAGACAGCAGGGUCAUGCUGUGGAAGAGGAACCCGUUACCGAAGAAUGCAGAGAACAUGUACUACUUCUCAGAGCUUGCCCUCACUCUCAAUGCCUGGGAAGGUGGCACUGCUCCGACGGACAGCCGGCUGCGGCCCGACCAGAGACUGAUGGAAAAUGGGCGCUGGGAUGAAGCAAAUGCUGAGAAGCAGCGCCUGGAGGAGAAACAGCGGCUUUCCAGGAAGAAGAGAGAAGCAGAAGCUAUGAAAGCCACGGAAGAUGGCACACCAUAUGACCCUUAUAAAGCACUGUGGUUUGAGCGGAAGAAGGACCCUGUCACCAAGGAGCUAACCCAUGUUUAUAGGGGCGAGUACUGGGAAUGUAAGGAAAAGCAGGACUGGGGUUCUUGCCCAGACAUUUUCUGAAGCAGCUGUAACUCAAAGGAAGAGGGCUGAUCGGAGAAGAUGGCAGUGGAUGUGCGGGAAGGCUGGCAGUUGGGACUCUUACCAAGUGCUUUCCUCAAAUUUGUCUUAACCAAUCACUUUUUCCAAAUCAAUCACCAGAAGCAGACACCCGUGGUGGUGAUUGGCUGGUUGCCUUAGCUGAUUGAUGCUGAAAUCGACGUAGUAGAUACCCAUAUUUGUAAGGGAGCGGUUUAGUGACUGAAAGUUAGUGUUACUCUACAUCUGCAAAGGCAAGUAAGUGUACUUCUCCCUCUGCCUCAUAUAAGAUGAUGUCGUUCACCCUAACCUUGUGUCCUGCUCAGCCAAGAUCUGCAUAAGAUUGUGAUUCAUGAGCAUUUUGGUGCUGUUCAGAGCAAGAACUGAUUUUAAAGUUCCUUUAAAAGAAACACAUAAGAUUUACCCAACAGAGGUGUCAUGCCUGGGUCUCAAUGUAUGAAGUGCACUCACACGUGGGGUUACUGUAACAGGUCGUCGUGUGUAGAUAACUAAGGCUUUGGAGCAUCUGCAGGAGAGAUUAUUCUCUAGGGCUUGAAUAUUGAAUUACGUUCUUAGAGAUUUUAUCUUCACUUGCAUACUGUACCCCUCUGCUGUUCUGUCUACUUUGACAGCAACCAGGGGCCUCCUUGGUGGUUGAUAAGAGGGUCACACUCUCCUCAUGAAGGGUUUUAUGGACUCCUUCAGGUGGAGAACCUCUGCAAACAUCAGGCAGGGUGGGAGAAGACUGCUAGCUGCUCGUACCUUCCCAGUCCAGUCCCUCCUCGUCCAUCUUUCGUUGCCUUUCUGGCUUCUGUUUCCUGGCACAGUACCAUUUUGAGUGUGUGCCACAGUGUGGAGCAAAACAUGGCCUGACCCAUUCUGUACACUUCAGAACCUGAGAAAAGUUCCUCUGCAACAAAGGUUUUCAUCUUGAAAGUCCCAGUAGAAUGGAGCCACUUCUGGAAUAAUGUGUUGAAUCAUCUGUAUAUUAUAUAUAUAUACAUAUAUAUAUAUGUAGAGAAAAUCUAAUUUUUUUCCCCUUUGCCAUGAAGAAUCUUGGUUUUU